UUUUUUUUCCCUUCUAUAAUCUAUACAUAGCAAGUAAGUAGAUUUUUUUUAGAGAUUUGAAGAUUUUUUUUUUUUUGAAGAUUGAAGUUGUAAUAGAAUUGAAACCAAGAGGGUGACAACCUCUCCCUUUCUUUUUUUAUCCCCUUCUUUAUCUCUAUACUUCCCAUUCCCUCUCCUUGCGUUCUCCUGGCUCUCUACAUAUAGGAGUGGACGCCAGCUGAGCUGCUCCUCAGCUCCAGCUCACUUUCUUGCCACCAGACCACAACCAAACAAGAGAGCAAGAGGAUGGAUGACAUGGAGGGCUACAACUCGUAUUGGGAAACCAAGCGCUUCUUGGAGUCCGAAGAACUCGACAGCUGGGGAUUGGAUGAAGCUAUAUCUACCUACUAUGAUUCCAGCUCCCCUGACAAUGCUGCGUCAUCGACUGCUACGAAAAACCUCGUCAUGGAGAGGAACCGGCGAAGGAAGCUUAAUGAAAGGCUUUAUGCCCUUCGAAGUGUCGUCCCCAACAUUACCAAGAUGGAUAAGGCAUCGAUCGUCAAAGAUGCAAUAGAUUACAUCCAGGAGCUUCAAGAGCAAGAAAGGAGGAUACUAGCAGAGAUAUCUGAGCUGGAGUCAGGGAAAGAGGAGAAACUACCAAUUGGUGACACCAAGCGCGAGGAUGUGUGUUUCACGCAAAGGAAGAAGAUAAGAACUUCACCAGCCUCACCCUUGGCUACUGGAUCCCCGAGCUUGCGAUCGAUCCAAGUAAUAGAACUUAGAGUUUGUGAAGUGGGUGAUAGGACUUUGGUUGUUAGCAUCUCUUGCAAUAAGAAGAGGGACACUAUGAUCAAGGUGUGUGAGAUCUUGGAGUCUCUCAACCUCAACAUCAUCACUGCCAGCAUCACCUCUGUCUCUAGAAGCCUCUUGCACACUCUGUUUGUUGAGACUGAUGACAUGGAUCGUGCUCAAUUGAAGGAAAAGAUUGAGACUGCCAUCGCCGAACUUGAUGGCUUCAGAAGCCCAGUGAGUUCAAUAAGUUAUUAGUUGGAGAAGAAGCUACCCAUGCCUCUGAAAUCCUCUUUGUUCUUCUUUCUCUAUUGUUACCAAGAAGACUGGUUCCCUGUUGUUAAGAGGAAGAUAUUUGUAAUAGGCGUUCGGUAACCUUCUGUUUUCCAUAUCAUCUGUAACGGGCUCCAGAGGAUUACUGGUGUAGUAGUAACUUUGUGACCUUAUACGUAUGCUAUUCUUUUAAGCCUC